UUUACACUAAAAUUUAUUAAAAAAUCAAAAUGUGUACUGAAGAUAAUGUGGCUGUAUGACGUUUAAGAAAAAAAAUAAUGAUUUAAAUAUAGUACUCAUAAACUAUUUGAAAUCUGUUAUUUGCAAUUGACUCAGCCAAUAAAAACACAGCCGUCAACAUGUCAGUGGUAAAAAGUGCCGCUGAUUUCCAUAAAGUGUGAAAUUUCCAUGAAAUACUGACGGAGACUUGAUACGCUAAACAAAGAUGGAGAACAUCUCACUCACAAACCACUCGAAUAGCUCGAUACACACCGACUGCAAGUAUUGGGGUCCUGAGAGCGAUGUUGGAAAGGUUGCUAAACGCACUGCCUUUGUAUUGGUAAUUUUAGUGGGAAUUUUUGGCAACGUCUUUGUCAUCAUACUCGCGACAAAAUACACAGUACGCAGGAGCCUGAACCAUUUAAUCACCAACAUGGCCGUGUCAGAUACACUAUUCCUUUUCUCUUCGCUACUAGGGAACAUUCCUUGGCUUUCUAACAAUAUUUGGAGAAUAUAUCAUAACGGUUUAUUGGGAAUUAUUGAAUGUAAAAUAGUGUGGUUCAUAUGGAAUACUUCAGUUAGAGUAACCCUAAUAACUUUAUUGGUUAUCAGCGUUGAACGUUUUAGAGCGACAAGACAAACUCUACAGAAACAGCGACCAUAUACACCGAAACAACGAAUGACGGUGCUGGGUUUCUGCUGGUUGAUUCCCAUGCUAUUUGCUGUGUACUUCACGUAUGUGGAUGAUACUUGCAGUAUACCGAUGCUGGGAAAAUCCCAUUUAUUGACAUUUUUGGCACACGAAAUCUUUGUUGUCAUUCUUUGCUGUCUGAUAUUCGCUCUUGGAAUUCUAACUACAAGAAGACUGUCCAGGCCUCAGCCCAUCCACGCCCAUCUCAACGAACAACAGCUAAAGAAACGAGUACGUCGAACACAAGCAGCUGUGCAAAUGGUUAUAGCGUCAGUACUGCUGUACGCAUGUUGCAGUCUCUCCUACUUGAUUUUCAACGCCUUACGGAUUGCCGAUUCUUUCUUUCCAUCGGUUGACAUUAUGGAUGACUCAGCCUGUAUCGAUUGGAGGUCGAUCUAUUUUAUAAUAUACAAAUUUCUCCUGGUCGUCAACUCGUGCUUUAGUCCUCUUAUUUACAUAGUGUUUUUACCUGACUUUAAAGAAGCUGCAAAGAAAGUACUGUUCCGUGGAAGAGAGACGCAGAACCAGGCACCAAACGGAGAAAACUCGAUUGAGAUGCAGCCAGCUCCCAACCGUGAGAGAACCGGACAAAAUCUUUCGCAAGUGGUAGCUAAUCAUAACUGAUGUUUUCUACG